AAUACUGCCCGAGCCCGGGCGGGGUCUCUGUUCUCUGGCAGAGGAGGUCCCUUGGCAGCGGGAAGCUCCCUCUCUUUCUCUCGCCGCCGCUCGGAGUCUGCGCCCUGGUGCCAGGCGCCCAGCUCGGCGCUCCCCUGUGCUUGCCCGGCGCCCACUCAUUCGCAGCCCAGCCUUCGCCGCCGCCGCCUCCCUGCUCCUCCUCCACCUCCUUUCCCCAGCUCGCGGCGGCCAUGGCGGACAGCGCCAGCGAGAGCGACACGGACGGGGCGGGGGGCAACAGCAGCAGCUUGGCCGCCAUGCAGUCGUCCUGCUCGUCGACCUCGGGCGGCGGCGGCGGAGGUGGCGGCGGGGGAGGCGGCAGCGGUGGGAAGUCGGGGGGCAUUGUCAUCUCGCCGUUCCGCCUGGAGGAGCUCACCAACCGCCUGGCCUCGCUGCAGCAGGAGAAUAAGGUGCUGAAGAUCGAGCUGGAGACCUACAAACUGAAGUGCAAGGCGCUGCAGGAGGAGAACCGAGACCUGCGCAAAGCCAGCGUGACCAUCCAAGCCAGGGCUGAGCAGGAAGAAGAAUUCAUCAGUAAUACUUUAUUCAAGAAAAUUCAGGCUUUGCAGAAGGAGAAAGAAACCCUUGCUGUAAAUUACGAGAAGGAAGAAGAGUUCCUCACUAAUGAGCUCUCCAGAAAAUUGAUGCAGUUGCAGCAUGAGAAAGCUGAACUGGAACAGCAUCUGGAACAGGAGCAGGAAUUUCAGGUCAACAAACUGAUGAAGAAAAUUAAAAAGCUGGAGAAUGAUACCAUUUCUAAGCAGCUUACAUUAGAGCAGUUGAGACGGGAGAAGAUUGACCUUGAAAAUACAUUGGAACAAGAACAAGAAGCACUAGUGAAUCGUCUCUGGAAAAGGAUGGAUAAACUUGAAGCUGAAAAGCGAAUCCUGCAAGAGAAAUUGGACCAGCCUGUCUCUGCUCCACCAUCACCUAGAGAUAUCUCCAUGGAGAUUGAUUCUCCAGAAAACAUGAUGCGUCACAUCAGGUUUUUAAAGAAUGAAGUGGAAAGGCUAAAGAAGCAACUGAGAGCCGCUCAGCUACAGCAUUCAGAGAAAAUGGCCCAGUAUCUGGAGGAGGAACGUCACAUGAGGGAAGAGAACUUGCGGCUGCAGAGGAAGCUGCAGAGGGAAAUGGAGAGAAGAGAAGCCCUCUGUCGACAGCUCUCCGAGAGCGAGUCCAGCUUAGAAAUGGAUGAUGAAAGGUAUUUUAACGAGAUGUCUGCACAAGGAUUAAGACCUCGCACUGUGUCCAGCCCAAUCCCUUACACACCUUCUCCAAGUUCAAGUAGGCCUAUAUCACCCGGUCUGUCAUAUGCAAGUCACACGGUUGGUUUCACGCCACCAACUUCAUUGACUAGAGCCGGAAUGUCUUACUACAAUUCUCCGGGUCUUCACGUGCAACACAUGGGAACGUCCCAUGGUAUCACAAGGCCUUCACCACGGAGAAGCAACAGUCCUGACAAAUUCAAACGGCCCACACCGCCUCCGUCUCCCAACACACAGACCCCAGUCCAGCCGCCUCCGCCUCCACCUCCGCCACCCAUGCAGCCCGCGGUCCCCUCGGCAGGCACCUCGCAGCCUGCCCCUUCGCAACAUUCGGUGCACCCCUCCUCCCAGCCUUAAUGCAUGUGCUUAGUCUGAAUUUCAAGUUGGGACUCGUCCAUUGGAGCCGUCUACUCAACGCCAAAGGCUUCCUUCCCUGGCAUAUUUGGAUCUGACUUAUUUGCACUGAGGUUAUCUAGGCUUCACUCUUCAUUGUGUUGUAAACGUUCGUUGGAAACGCAGCCAGUGUUGUGGGUCUACAACACUAACCAGACAACUUUCCAUCCGUGUUUUACUUGAAUCUACAUGUAUGUCCAUUCCCUGGCUGGAACAUUGGCUAUUUGGUAUUUGGUAAUACAACAGCAGUGUGCAAUUUUUGCUUGGCCCCAGAGCUUCAUUUCCUUGGCUUUUAGGUUUGUAAAAUAAAAAGGGAUAUAUUUUUUAUAUUUUUUUCCAUGAAUCUGCAGAAAAUUACUGAGCUGUUAUUACCCCCUGUCCAAUUAUUAUGGUGUUUACCAAACCUACCAAGAAUUCAGCACUACAGUUCACACCUUUGAAAAAUCUGACUUUCAGUGUAGAGUGGGAAGUUAGAAGAAUCAGUGCCCAAGACACACACUGUUUAGUAGAGCUUUCUACAGGUACACUUUUGUAGGUUAUUUUCAAUGUAAUUUGACAUCCAUGUUUUUUGUAAAACAGUCUAAAGAAUGAAUCACAUGGCUAAAACUUCUCCACAUAGUGGGCUGGAUAAUUCUUACAUAAUAAAAUGUGAUUCUUCCCUUUAUCCUUAAUGCUAAUCUAUCUAAACUGGCCCCUCUAACAUGAGUCUAACAUGAGUGUCCAACCUCGGGUGGUCUCAGCGGCUGAUUAGAAUGUGCUCUUUGAUUCCUGGUACAGAGGGCAAGGUGAUUGUAACCCAACCAGUGUGAUUUCCCCUCCUAUUCUUUAUUUGUGUUCUCCUGAGAUAGAAUUUGAACAAAUAUUUUAAAGGUGCAAAAUGCUAUUAGAAAAUACUCUCUGCCAUUAGAAGACUGUCUAGGCAAAAUGGCCACAAAAUACUGUAUUGCUUGGCAGAAAGAAAAGACAUGUAGAGGAAAGUGGUACGUUAGCACUGAGGACUGCUUAUUUUGCCCAGUAUAAGCAAGUACGGUGUACAAAGAAAUAUAUUCUGAAUACAUUAUUUCCAUUCAUUUAGCAGAAAUAAACCAUUUGGUUUCACUUUGACGUGGAACACGGCCUCACUCUUUUCUUAAUACUUGGUCCAUCUUUCUUUUUGUUUUUCAGCAGUUACUAAUCUGUACUUUGGUAGUAAAGUGCUUUUUAUCUCCUGUGUUUGCAUAUUUAUAUAUGCUGUGGAUGAAAAUAACUUACUAGAGAAUGUAUAUUUUAUGAUGAGAACGUGUUAUCUGGCGGAUAUAAUCAGAGAACUGAAUAUUAAUUUAUCAGUAAUUUUUAAGAGUUCAUGUUUUGUGACAACCAUCUCUAAUACCUAACUCCUUAUUGCACACACUCCUAAAAAUAAGGAACCAUGAUGUUGUAGAUAUUUAAUAUUGUACAGUAUAGAAACUUCCAUUUUUGCCUUCGAAUGCAUAUUUAAUGAGUAAACAGAAUGAAAAAAAAAAGUGUUAUUGGAUAAUAGUGUUUGACUAGCAUUAAGAACUUGAGAGUAAAAGCAACAAAAAGAUUUUUUUUCACUUCUUCCUGCUUCUACCCCCAAACUGAGAAUGUCAUCCCUAAUUGUUAGGAAGAAAUCGUUGAUCUGUAAAAAUUUUAUUUAUAUGUCUGUUAUAUACAUGAUCAUAGUGCAGUUCUCAAACAUGGGGAAGUUUGGCAUUUAUUAUUGAGGCUUUAAGUUUUUAAUAUGAUCUGACUGGGCCAUGUCAAACUGGGGAUUUCCCCAACAGCUCACUGAUCCUUCUGGUACAUUAUUACCAUUCCAAGGAAUUCUGAGAGUAGGCAAACUGAUUUUGCCUUCACGGUACAGUUCUUUGUUUUUCUUAUGGGAAAUACAUGUUUACAACAAUCUUAUGAGAUUGUACAUUUCAAUGCUGUUGGAUGGUAUCUUGUGCUCAAAUAAGGAAAGCCCCUAAUAUAAUGAUCUUCCCUCGGUUUCCUUUCAAUUUCGUUACCUCCUGAAAGCACAAAGGUUAAAAUAUUGCCAUGUGGUGAACGAAAAAGCACUUGGAGUGACCAGACAUUUCCUGAUAAAUGCCUUUGACAGAUAAGUUCUUGACAUUCAGACCUCUGAAGAAAUGUACUGCUGGUUCCCCUAGACUCACCAUUUCACUUCAAAAUAUAGCUCCUUCAAACAGCACUUUUCAACAUAAAUCUAGUUGUUUCUCCCUGUGGACAUUCAGAACUCAUAGAACAAACACUACUCUUUUGAAUUUAUGAUGUUUCAUGUCAUUUUAAAGUGUUUUAUGACCUCAUGUGGAGCUGCUAAUGGUUGGGCAGUAUCAGACAAUUUCUUGGCAACUCUUUUGCCACCUGGGACUGAUAAGAUUCAGAUCCUGAGCCCAUAGAGGCAGAAGCCCCCUCCCCUGUGGGAAAUGGACUUACCUAGGCUGGGAAGUUCUCAGGGGGGCUGAAUGUGCUUCCUGCCAUUUUGUUGCCCACUCAGACACGCUAAUCUGCUUUUGGUCCCAGUAGGUCUUUGUAAAAUCAGUAGCCAUCCUGCAGGUGGAGGGAGCAACAGUAGCUUCAGUAGCUUUAUUUCCUGUCUUACUGACAGAGACCCUUGGCUACCACUGUGCUGCUAAUAGGAUAAGUACUCUGUUGCCGGAUUACCAUGCCUUUUCUACAAAACCAAAUUAACCUACCUAAUACCUGACAACUCUGGGCUCUGAACUGCUUUCUAUUAUCAAGCAUGCUGGCAUUCUAGACAGAAUUCUAGAAAUUUGGCAGAUGGUGGAAGUAUUUAAGAUGGAAUUUUACCUACUCCUUUGAUUAGAAGGAGUUUUCAGUUCCGAGCUCCUGAGAUUCUGACUAGCAACCAUGGAAUGAAUGUGACCAGAAUGUGGCUUUGACACCAAGUACUGCUGUGCCUUGUGAUUGGCUUCUGAUUCGACCAGAAAUAAUCUAUAAUGUGAAUUGUUAACUCUUCAAUUGUAGGGGGAAAACAGUGCAUCACCCUUUGUUAGGUAGAUAUGAACUUUCCCUGCACAGAGCCUUGCUUUCCCGUAAGGCAAGAAAAAGCAUAGACACUUGUGCUUUGAGAGCUUAAUAUUUAUCAAUACAGAAGAAGUAUGUUCACUCAAAUCUUCUGUCUAGUUCCUAUCUCAUAGGUAACCUACACUGAGAACUUUGUAGUCAUGACUACCAAAGAAAUGCAUAGUAAAACAAAUUUUUAUUUCCAAAUUAUUAAAAAGCCAGCCAUUGACGCUGCUACAUGAGUUCCAUGCUCAAGAGCCAUUGUAAGAGAGAUUAAGGGGUUUUAGGGGUUUUGAUUUUUAAUUUUUCUUCUCUCUCUCUUCUCUGUGUGUGUUUGAUAAAACAUGUUAGCAUAAAGUUUUGGCGUACGUUUUCCAGAAUGCUUAGCAGUUGUGAUUAACUGCUAUGUCUAGGUUGCCUUUUGGUAGGCAGUUGAAGGAACCCGUGCUCAUGAUAGCGCGGUGCUGUGUGUGCAGGAGCGCGAGUGUGCAUUCAUGCCUUAACUCAGGCUACUGCUCAACUUUACUUUUUUGACUUAGUCUGCACCGUCAUCUAGAUUGUACCGUACAUCUCAGUCUGAACUUCAUCCUGCCAAAAACAAAGUUGCAGGCACAACAUGUUAAGAAUAAUACAUUCCUCUGGAAAAGUAUGUGGUCAGAUUGACCCUGAGUUGUCUUUGGACUUGACUUGGAACUUAGCCUGGAAAGCAAAAGUGGACUGUCAAAAGAGGUCAACAGGGGAAAGAGGAGAGCCAGCUAGCACGCCUUUUCCCUCUGCAUAUCCGUGCACACUCUGUGUUGCUCAUGGCGGCUUGUCUACAACUUGACUAUGUUGGGGUUCUGGUAAUAGUGGCAAUCUUGACAUUCUUGGACGGAGUUUAGAGAGAUGUAAGACUUCCAAUUAAUGUCUUAUUUACUUUAUGUUUAUUAGUCUUUGAUAUGUGUGCUGAAUCAGAAACCUAAAUAAAGAUAAUUUUUUAAAAUGUA